AUGAUUAGGUUAGCACGUCUCAGGACUCUUCAUCAUUGUGCCUUUGGUCUACGGGCGUUUUCUUCAGAACUUCAGAAGGUAGGUUGUCAUGUGAUGCAUGUGAUGGAGUUGUCUAUGAGGUUGUUUAUUCGUUUUCCUUGAAACAGUUCUUCACUGACAGAAAAAGCUUUUGUUUUUGUUUAGCAUGACAACUGAAGACUAUUUCGAUAUUAGACAUAAGGGAUAUUAAAUUUGUUUAUGUUUCAGCCCGACCCUAAAUUUAUUCAGCCCACUCAAGCUCAAUCAUACUCGGCAUAUGUUAAUAAAAUGAUCGAGAACCCCUCUUGGGAGCCAUAUUGGUUGAUCAGACUGAAAAAGAAGUUGGGGAUGAAGACGGACCUGGAGAAAAAUCUCGACAGUGAAUUAAAGGCUGUAUGUUGGUCUUAAUACUACUAAAUUUUAUGUUUAGUUAUUGGACAAAGCAGCAACGUUACUCUACUAUGAUUGUGCCGACAACUUCCCGUAUCUUAGGCUUAUUCAUGGUAAGGGUGAUGUAACGGAAUCUUCUCAAGAUGUUUAUGUUAUGUCCAUGUCUUAUAUAGACGUUUUUAGAGUUUAAUCUCCCUGAUUACAUGAGUUCUUGGUAUAAAUUGACUCUACUACAUGUAUGGUAAGCCAGUUUUUUUAUUAGACUACCUUAUAAAGUAACACAUGCAUACUUGACGUUUGUUUUUUUUAGUAUGUGCCUAUUUAAAAUGCAGUCCAGUCUUGAUGCAGCAGCCUACCAUCAGCUGAGAGACUCGAUGUUAAAUACCUUAUGGUUUGAUGUGGAUAAAAGAUUGGAACUUUUAUCAGUAUGUGCAAAUUUACGGUUUUUAGUUGUUUUAGGAAGAAUUUGAGUACAAAUUGAAUGCAAAGAAGGAUAUGAAAGUACUGCAUGCUGUCUAUAUUCAAGCUUUAUUUGAGUACGAUGAGGUAAGAUUUUAUACUCUCGCCAUCUGUUUCCUAAACCCCUUCCAGAAAGAAAGCAAUUUUUUGCGGACCUUUUUGCCUAGCGGACCUUUUCGGACUUACGCAUUGUAUUCGGUUUAAAAUUGUCUGCCCGAAAAUCGAAUGUAGUGUUGGACAAAAGACUUGGGCUGCUGUUUGGUGUGGCUGUAGAUUCUCAAAUUUAAAGCCUUUUGACGUUUCUAAAUUUUUUAAUUUUGUCACGCUUCUAAAUUUUUUGGAUUUUAUCCGUUAUGGACGUUAGAAUAUUAAUUUUUUUGACGAAGUUUUUGCCUUAACUUUCAAAAUCUCGACUUACCGUAGCUUAUUGGCAAAUUUUAUUUUUGUUUGGGGCCAAACCUUUUUCCCAAUUUUGCGGAUUUAAAAAUUUUUUAUAUUUAUGCCCUACGGGGUUCACCGCUUAGGACAGGGUUUUUUUCAGUUUUUUUAUUUGGUCCCAUUCUACUCAAAAUUUUAAGAUUUCUGUUUGCCACAAAUAUCUUCCAUCGUUCCAGAGAUACGACUGAUUUUCGGCAUUUUUUGAAAUCUUUUGUUUAUGACCAUGAAGAUGGCGCGAACCACAAAAGUGGCGCACUGUAUGUAAUUUCGAUUUACAUCAUCAAAUAUUUAGGGAUUCCUAUCUAAUGAUUGUAUACUGGCUGGUGCUUUAUGGAGGAACUUGUUCAUGUCGAAGCCUGUAGAACCCAUCUAUUUGAAUAACGCUGUCAGAUACACAAGAGCAACGGUAAGACGCCUUUUAUCAAUUUUUCGAGUUUUUUGCUCGUAUCCUUGUUUUCAGAUAGCCUUUUUGGACUCCCUUGAAAUUAAUGAAAUAAUUGUGGGCGGAGUUAAGCGAUGGGAACCGGCGGAACAACUCCGCCUCGAGUAG